UUCAAUUCUGAGGACAGAAGCCGGCAUAUUCUAAGCAUACCAUGCGGAAUAAAGUUCGGAACAAGCACAAAAAUGCAUUCUUACGAUAUCGCAAAGCCGCGAGCGCGCUUUUCUGUCCGAAGUCGCUACACAUUUCGACCACACGCAGCCGGAGACCACGAAACCACCCUACCUGAGCUAGCUACUUCAUGAAAUAAUUAAUAAGUUACCUAAAGUAGCUAGGUUUUUUUUUCGAUUUUUUUCAAAUUUCACAUCUGAGGACCUCAUACAUAAGAAGGAGGCUGCUGGCCCCCGGUCCUCGGUCCUCAGUUCCCCGCGAGAUAAUACGCGACGAGACAAGGAGGCAGAAGCACCAGACACAUACGCAGGGCGGGGCUUGCUGCUCUCCGGUCCUCGGGCCUCAGUUCAUCUCGAAGCUAGCAAUAUUUGGAUGAUGGGGCAAGAAGGUAGAGGCACCAGGCACAUACCACCUUGCUGGGCGUUUCGCAGUGGGUGUGGAUGGAAAUAGGAGGGCAGGCAUUUGCUUGUCGUUUCGCGGAAGAUUCGCCGGAUUUUGCCCCUAACGCUUUUGGGCCG